AUGUCGAAGGUAAGUUGGCAUAUGCCAAUCUCGAAUCAUUAAUAAUUCUCUAAUUUUUUCAGAAUUUCGAAAACGCCCAAACUGCCGAAUCAGGCAACAGUGAACAAUGGGAAUCGUCCACCCCAAACGGACAACAAACAACUCCAGAAUCGACUCGUGUUUUGCCGGUUGCUAAUGCAAUCGAAGCGAGCAUGACUCAAGACGUAAUGGUUAGUUAAUUUUUUGAUUUACAGAAAAAUACAAUUGUUUUUCCGGAACAAAAAGCUUAGAGCUCAAAAUUUGAAAUUAUUCCGGAAAAUAACAAAAAAGUUCAAUGGAAAUUUAUAUUUUCAAAUUUGAACUCAACAUCUUUUUGUAUUUAGUUCAGAAAAAAUCUGGAUUAAUUUUUAAAUUCUGAAUUUAAUGAGAAUAUUUAUUGAAUUCCAAGAUUUUCAAACACGAAAAAAUAACUAGAAAUUGUUGAAAACUUGAGCUGAGAAAAAACGAUAAUUUCUGCUCAAGGAGUGAAUUUUGAACUACAAAAGUUUGAGAAUAAAUAGUUUAUUCGAAGAAAAUAUUUCAUGGGCAUUUUUAAAUUUUUAAAAUUAUAAAAAAAAUCACCUACCGUACUCAAAAUUAGUCCAUUUUCCUUUCAGGUUGUCGCGAAUCAAGUUGUCACAAAUAUGCUCGAAAUUCUUGAUGAGGAUGCAAUGUUAGGAGUCCCGCCAACUCCGAAUGCUCCAACGUCAAAUUCGGAUGAUGAUGAUGAUGAAUGUGAGGAGAGUCGCCAAGAAUCGAAAAUUCAACAAAAUCCGAAUGAUCUCGAUCAAAGUUCUUCUGCACUUUAUGAUGAUUCAACCGGACAGUCAGUUGUAAGAACACCGGCGCCACAACGUUAUCGAUUCUUGGAUUCGCCGCCAAAAUUCCAAGUAUUUCCGCCAUCAAUGUUCAAUGAACGCCCAACUGGACAAGAAGAAGGUGAAGCUGUGUUGAAUCGAAGUGAUCUUGGAAAUGAACAAGAAAUUGAAGAAAUGGAAGUUGUCGAACAAUUAUUGGAUGGAUCUUCUGGAAAUGAAAUUGGUCAUAUGACAAAAAGCGCGAACUCUUCAAACCAACCGGAAUCGUCGAUUUCGUCAAGCAUGGGUGAAAUGAAAGAAAUUUUGGAGAUAUCAUCAGAUGAGGGAGGUCCGCACAGCUUCUUGAAUAGGCCAGUCCAACCUCCACCGGUUAGUUGCAUUGCUUUUUUGAAAAAAAAUUAAAAUAUAAUUUUUUGAAACUUUGAACUGCUAAUUGAAAAAAAAAUAGAAUUUUCCAUGAAAAAUUACUAUAAAUUCUGAAGAUGAAAGAAGUGAUUUUCGAAGACUUUUUGAAAAGUUUGGGAUGUUUUGAAAUUCAAUUUUUUUAAUUCUAAAAAAUAAAGAAAGGCGAUGAUUUUUGAUUAUCAAAUUUCUCAUAAAAUUCGAAAAACUUUCUUACCGUACUCAAAAUUUACCGAAAUUUUUUUCAGAAGUUCCGCAUCUCGGUAGCGCCUCAAGGAUUGGAACCUAUUCAAGAACUGUCGGCAACAACUCCAUCUACACCAUCUCAAAAAUCAAACGAAACAAGCGACAUUUCGACAAAUAUUCAUUCGAUUGCUGCACGUCACGUUGUUGAGCAUACAGAUCAUGAAAUUCAUGAAGAUGAUUAUGAUUAUGAAGAAGAGGAAGAAGUGUCUGAAUACAGCAAUUCGGAUCAGGAUCGUCCUCGCCGCUUGCCGCAUGAUCGAUUCCGUGCCUUAACACCAGAUGACUCACCAGAAGAACAGCUCGAACGCCAACGGGCUUUGCAACGCGGUAGACCUGGUUAUAUUGAUCGUCAAAUUCCAGCCCCAACAUCUUCUAGAAAUAUUGUUCGCGGACCAGGCAUCAUCAUUAGAUCGUUAAGAGGAAAAGCACAAGUGAUGAUAACGGAGCACUUAUUUGAACCUGAUUAUAAAGUUGAAGUGAUUGGUGACCAUGGUGACGAUAUAAUUCUGAAAACUGAAGGGCGAGUUCCAAGAAGACGGAUAAACAUUGCUUCAGACAACUCCAUUGAUAUUUAUAUCAAUGGAAUAAAUAUUGCUGAUAUCGAGAGGAAGAUCCGUGAUAGAAUUGAUGAUGAGAUGAGAGCGUCAAUGAAAAUGUUUAAUGGAAUCCCGGUUCCUCGUGAAAUUUAUGGAGCGUUAUGUAGAAAAUGGAACAUGCGCCAAAUGUCUCCUCCAAGCCAAAGAACAUCUGGCAAACGAUCUGCAACAUCGCCAACGCCUCCGGCAAAACGACCAAAAACCGCAGCAGCUAUGAAUGUGUCGCUUUCAACAUCUCCUGCUCAAUCAAUUCCGUCAGCUUCUCCAACACCAACUGCUGUUCCAGCUCCUCCAACACCAACUGCUGUUCCAGCUCGUCCAACACCAACUGCUGUCGCUCCACAAGCUGCCUCUGUUGUUGCGAUGCCGCCAACUCCUUCAACAAGCGCAGCAAUUCCAUCGAAAAGACGUGGGCGACCAUCAAAAUCGUCCAAUUCGGUUGUCAAAAAAGCUGUUCCCAAGCCAGCUCCCAAAAAGGUUCAUGCGAUGAAAUUGAGAUCCGAUUCUGCCAAAAUUGGACCACAACGCUUGAAAUUUGCGAAGUCAAAGAAGGCCAUUUUAUCGAUUCGAGACGUGAAAACAAUUUUGGAAGAAAUCGAAACUGCUCUCAAUCAACUCGAUUUCAGCACCAAUGUGGAGAAUAUGUUGAGGAGCAGACUGAGCGAAUUGCGCAAAUUGACAGAUGAUUAUGAUAGAGCUCCGUCGGUGCGCAAGUUCUCCAAAAUCACAGCCAAAUGUGACCAUUUGGGAACAUCUGUCGAGCUUCACGCUCGAUAGGUCAAGUGAGUUGUCGUUUUUUUCGAUCUGCAAAAAAAUAAUUGAUUAUUUUUCAGCAACAAUUGCACCAAAAUCAACAUCUGGUGCCACACUCUUCCUGUAUAUAUAUAUAUAUUUAUUUUUAUUAUUCAACAAAAAAAAUCAAAAAAUCCAAAAAAAUCAAAAAACUUCAAAACCCCAAAAAAUAUAUUAUUAUCAUUUUGCUUAUUUAUUAUUAUUAUUUAUCAACUUGGCUCACCAUUUUUAUUUUGCUCGACUUCCCAUAACGACAUUGCCUCAUCAUUUUAUCGUAAACUGGCGAAUUAUCGAUAUAUGAUGUGAUCCCUCACUAUUUUCCACCACCUUCUCAUCUUAUUCAUCCAAUUUCAAUCCACACAUUCCAUCACAAAGUGAGUUUUUCCAGCUUUCCUUCCGAUUUCGAAAACUUUAAAAAUGAAAAUAAAUUUUAAUGUGUGCCAACACGCUGACGCAAAACGGCACACAUUUUUUUUUGAAAUUUUUUUCCGCCCGCGCUGGAGAUUUUGAAACUAGAAAGCUCAAAACAACUCAGCACUUGACUCUGUAGACUGACUGUACAAAUUGAAGAAGUGUGAAUACAGCGAAUGAACGCUGUACCUACACUUUUUUUCCCGAAAAUCGUAGGUUCAUUUUAUCUUCAGCGUAGCUACGAAAAAAAUCAAAUUCGUAGCUACGCAGAUGAUAAAUCGUUAUUACGCACACCUUAAAUUCUGACGAGAGCUGCCAAGCGUCACACAAUCAGAGAUGAAAACGUAGGUACAGCGUAUCUACGCUGUAGCUACACAAUUCGCGGACAGAAAUUAAGUGAAGUGACCGCUCUAUAAAUAUUAUUUUUGAAUCCGUAGCUACGCCGUUGCUGUUCUGUAGCUACUUUGUAGAUAAACGGAUGUUACUUAUGUGCAAUUCUCUCUUUCCCGUUUCCGUACAAAGUAUCAACGAAAUUUGUACAGUCAGUCUACAGAGUCAAGUGCUGAGAAAACAGUUUGUGGGCUUAAAAAUUAUUUGGAUUUUUUAUUUUACUGAUUGAAAUAUAAUAAUUCUUCUAAAAACAAAGUUUUCAAGAUUCCCAUUCAAUUUUGAAAUUAAUCACGAAAAUUUUAAAAUUUUCAGAUCCCCCUCGAAGUUGAAUUUGGAUUUGAAUUCGGGCGUACCUCCGAGAACGACGCGCAGAGUUCUGGAAGCGGCUCUGUGAGAAGUUAUCAACCCACAGCUUCCAAAUCAACGGUUCCGAGCAAUCACCACCAUGUUCCGAUUGAUGUAUUCCACCCGAUUUGUUCCAUCGACGUCAAAAAUCAACAACAGACGAUUCUUCAGCGAACAUUUGUUCAAUCAGAUUCAGUGAACUCGGUUUUGGUAUAA